AUGGCUGAUCGCAAGGCAUCUAGUAGCCGACCAGAGAAAUCUAAGGAAGCUCCUGGAAAUGCAGUUACAAGAUUUAUUCGGCGCCUUAGUCCCAUAAAGAGGUACCGCGGUGAAGAAGCUCCAGGAGCCAGUUCCAGUUCUAGCUCUCAGAAGACUGAUACAAGAUCUGGAAAAAAAGACUCUUCACCGACGAAGAAUUCGUCUCACAAGGAAGACAAGCAUUCUGAAAAGUUAACCAAAUCGUUUUUGAAUCUGCCAGAGUCUUCUUCUUCAAGCAAAAGUAGUCUUUCCCAGCCAUCAUCUCUUUGGCUUACUCCAGCGCCAUCGUAUCAAUCGUUAAACACGAAUGAACGGGCCACCAAGCUCAAGCUUCUAUCGCAGUUGCAUGCGAACUUUGAUGAAGCUACCAAUAUUCUUGAAAAUUACAUAUCUUUGCGGGAUCAGAAGAAGUAG